AUUCUCAAACCUAUGAAUUUCAAUUUUGAAAUGAAUUUUCUCUGCUCUCUCCCCUCUCACCAACGGCGACGUGGCCUUCAUCGUCCGCCCAUCAUUGACUCUCUCGUUUCUCUCAUCUUCGUGUCCGCUGCUUUCUUCUACUUAGGCAAGUAUUGGUCCGAUGGCAACCAGCAGCUUGUCUUCUUCACUCGACAAGUUCCAGCGGUGGGAACACCUGCAGAAGUGGUUCUCUCUCCUAAUCUUGAUAAGAAGUUCAACAUUUCCGCUCUAAUUAAUGAAACGCAAACGCAAACAGAAACAAAAUCGGUUGAUUAUGGCAAAGCAGUGGAGAAAUCUGCCCUGUCUCCCUCUCCCUCUCCGGUUUUGCCUUCUGCCUCUCUUCUCCCUCCCCGGCCGUAUCAAAUCAAUGGAAUUGUGGAUGAGAACGGAACGAUGUCGGAUGAGUUCGAGGUCGGGAAGUUUGAUCCAGAAUUCGUUGAGAAUUGGGGGAACGACACACAGAUUCAUGAGGAGAAGAGUGAGAAGUCGAAAUAUAAGUUUAAGAAUAUGAAGUUUGGGCCGUGCAAUCAGAGUAUGAGAGAGUAUAUACCAUGUAUGGAUAAUGUAGAGGCCAUUAAGAGGUUGAAGUCGACCGAAAGAGGAGAGAGGUUUGAACGGCAUUGUCCGGAGGUGGGAAAAGGAUAUUGAAUUGCCUAAUUACUGUACCAAAAGGGUACAGGCUUCCAAUUCCAUGGCCCAGGAGCCGUGACGAGGUAUUAGUCUCAUUUUCAGUUGCAUUUAUCUCUUGUAGUUGUAAAAGCUAACGCAUUUAGUUUCAAUUUACAUUUGGGUGGUUUCAUAUUCAUAUUAGUAAAACACAUUAAUGUUC